GUUAAAGAGGGCUCCCAGAUCUGCAUUAGCCUACUUCAUUUUCUGCUUCGCUUGGCUCUCUUCCCUUCCUCCGACAAUAUUGGGCCGGUCCUGUGUGGAGGUGAACUUGCUGCUAGAUAUACUUCAUCUAUUUGUCCGAGUAUUGGAACCCCAAUCGCUAAAGCAUCUAGCGCCAAUAAAACCACCAUCACAGCCAAAGCCAGUUCUGCUAGUUCAUGCCUUCAAGAUACUGCUCUCUUGGCUCCCUUGACGCAUGACUGCAUUGCUUCCAGACGUACGCCUUCUUCAGAAGGUUCUGUAGGUUUGACUCGUAACGACGCUGUCGUUCCCGACGAGGCCGCUAAAAGGUUAAAUAGUUCUUUGCGGAAUCAGCUCUUUGUUCGUUCUAAACUUCCACGUUCUCAAGACGAAAGGCACCGCCACCCGACAGGAGUAGAGGUAAUUGCAAUUUAUGCUGACCAACUUCGUUCGGCACUCAGCCUCGUAGAUUCUGAUUUACUUAUCCAAUGGAUCUCCGAAGAAGAGGAAGCUGCCCAGGUUAGCCGACAGCAGGUGCUCUCUUUCUGCCCCACAAAUGAGCCCAUUUCUGAUGUCAAACCUAAAUUAGAUAGUUUACCCUGCCCAGCGGGUUGGUCUGGAGUCGUAGUGACUCAUUGUCGCCUUCUUUGUCUGCUACACGACGGCCUAGGUGGUCCCACUUAUCCUGGCCUCAGCGAUCUGCUCAUCGGCUAUACAUUGGCGAAUUCUGGUCUCCUUCUUCGUCUGGCCACUUGGUGGAGCGCACCUUUAUUCGUCCAAAAGCCGGUUGGGGGUCAUCUGCCCACCUUGACUCCAGGUCUUGCAUCCCUUUUGCCUUGCCAACAAAAGGCGCCAUGUCUCCCAUCCUUUGUAUUUCCUGCUGCUACUGUGAAUAUUGCACCAUCUUCCCCUUCUACUACAUCCUCAGCAUUCUCAUGUUCUGGUAACUCGGAAGAAGCUAUGCUUGGACGAUUUGCCUCCCUAGGCGACCUUCUGAUUCAGCAGGGUUCCAUUACUAGCCAGCCUCGUCUUCAAAUGGCUGAGGCUGUUCUGCAGCUUUUUUGGCGCGUAAUUGGCGCUGGACGUGCACACCUCGAGGGUGGCUCCAUAGGUCUCCCAGCAGUUGGCUCACGGAUAAUCAAGCAGGCAGCGUAUCCUAUCCCUCUUCAACUGGCUCAAGGUGGUCUUUCACCACUGUCAACAGCAUUGUUACAAUUCACGCCUACUGUCUACCGUCUUGCGGAGAGCCAACUCAACCUUUGCGCCCUCCUCCUUUUUCGUUCUGCCAUCUCUUUGACUACGCCCACCACUCCUACCUCAACCUCUAGCAGUGCCAACGCUACCUCUACUGUUGCUAGCAGUCUUACCACUUCGCAUACCGCCAGUCCCUACCCCUCUACUGGUGUAUGCGCUCCCCCAUCUUCAAUUACGGCCAGUCCCGCCGCUGAUCGGAUGGCGCCAAAGUCAGCAAAUACUUCGACGGCUACUGCAGGCACGACAGCCUCUUGCCGUUUCGUGAUCACGAAUCCUGAAACUCGAGUUGGCUUGAUCCAUUUCAUGCGGCAUUUGGCCAUCUGCCUUAGCUUGAUAGCAUCAGGAACGACGCUGCUCGGCGACUUAACAAUGCUUUCUGUUUGUAUUUUCAUUUUUGAGCUGGCAAUCAUUUCAUGUGAUAUUUUUUGUUUAUAA